AUGAUAUUGAUCGUACCACACUCAACGACUCCAUUUUCCGGAUCACAGUUGUCAACUCAAGAAGAGAAAUCGCGAAAAAUGGCUCUCACACCCCGAAUGGAACCCUACGCCCGCCUCCGUUACCGUCUCUACGAAGCUCUCCUCCUUCUUUCCAUCAUCCGUCCCAUCGUCGGCCCACAUGUCGUCUCCCAGCUCGGAACUUACACCACGCAGGAUGUUCAAAGACGUUUCUUCAAAAACUUGGCAUUUCUCUGCGACUACAGAAAGGGAGGAAGAACUGCAACUGCCAUCGCCGUCGAGAACCGUUAUGACUGCUACGUCUUCUGGGUUGCUUCAAACGAGGGCGCUGGAGAUAAAGUAGUGGGUUUCCUUGAAGAUGUACUCAAGACCUUGCGCGUGUUUUGUGAACCGAUCAACGAACUGGAUCGCGCCACAGCGGAGGUGGCAUUGGUGGUUCGAUGUACUGCGUUUGCCUCUGAUCGACUCCGACAGGAAGCCAGAAUUCUUCGUAAUUCUGCUAGAAAGUGCCGUCUUUCUCUGGAAGAUAGCGACGAGGAGAUCGAUGCCCGGGUUGUCAAGUGGCUCCGACAAUUUGAGAGUAUGUCUUCCCAUGCUACUCUGUGUCGGACAGCAUACCGCUCGCGAAACGACGAGGAGAUGCGGCGCAUCGAGCAGCUCGGCCAAGAUACCGAAAACGACCUGCGUCCGGAAAAGCUUGUCGAGGCGUUUCGUACAGUCAGACACAUGAUCGGCCGUCUAGCUGCCCGUAUCCGCAGUAUCAACCAGCUCCUCGAUGACUGUAACCGUAUGGAAGUACUUCUCAAAGUCUACCAAGUUGCGGCAGUCCAACGUCCCAUUAGCGCGCCAGUGCCAGAAUCGGAUGCGCACACGACGUUGCCACGUAUCCUGAACCGCAUUCUACCCGAGACAGAUGUCCAGCAUGGAUCGUGCCUGGACGUCCUUCAGCGACUGGAAACCCAAGUCAAAAUUGAAGACCAAAUCCAGGACAAGUUCAAAGAGGGCGCACUCCAGCCAUGCGUCCACGCAGAGGUCCAGAUGCUCCAUCAUUUCUAUGACAGCGGAAGGAGGUACUUUUCGAAUGACCGUUACGUCGCCUGCAGCAAGCCGGCGUGCAAGGUAUACCCAAAUUGGGGAAUGGUGAAUUUGGUGGGCGGAAAGCAGGACCCUGGCUGGAUCAACCAGCGGAAGAUCAUCAACGAUGUUAUUGGGGACUUGAAGGCUAUGGUGAUUGAUCGUCUGGGCGAGCUACAUGCGACGACGAUGCAACGUCCAGACUCGUUUACGGAGAUUACUGCGUCUUUGGUUGAUGAGAGUGAAUUUGGGUCGGAGACGGAGGGAGCAGAUGAUAGUGACGCCGGUCCAUCUAGUGAAGUUUUCAGCUUGGACAGCGCUAUCGGAAUACUGGAUCUUUCAACCGAGUCUCAAGGGGCGGUUCAGAUGGAACAUAGAUCUGGGGACAUUGGAAAUCUCGACAACGGCAAUACGCUCCAAGAUAAUGAAGGCGAAGAUGAUGAUGGCGGCGGUGCUCAGCUUUGA